AUUUGAAGGGAUUGGACAACGACAUCGCGUACCGGAAAGGAUCAAUGAAGAUCUGGGUACCUAAUUACCCUCCAUUGCGCCAAUUACUACUCGAAGAGUACCACGACGUCCUGUACGCGGGACACUUUGGUAGCAACAAGACGCUCACCGGUAUCGCCAAACACUACUACUGGCCCCACAUGGCAGAUGACGUACAGAAAUUCGUCACCUCGUGCACUACAUGUCAGCGGAUGAAGAGCAGCAAGCAGAAAAAGGCGGGUCUGCUAAAGCCUCUUCCUGUCCCAGAACAGCCAUGGCAAGUGGUAAGCCUAGACUUUAUCACCGGGCUACCAACUACCACAAGCGGUCAUGACGCGAUCCUCGUCGUCAUUGACAAGUUCUCCAAAAUGGGACACUUCAUCCCGACACACACCACAGCACGCACCGAGGAGACAGCACAACUCUUUGUUCGCUACAUCAUCUUACAACAUGGCAUUCCAACCACACUCAUCUCCGACCGAGACCCUAAGUUCACCAGCAAAUUCUGGAAAGAACUAAUGUCUCUCCUCGGGACCAAACUCGCCAUGUCAUCCGUCUACCAUCCGCAGACAGAUGGACAGACCGAGCGCCUCAACCAAAUUGUGGAGCAACUCCUCCGUGCAGCCUGCAAGGACGACAUCUCGAAAUGGGACUUGCAUUUGCCCGUCCUGGAGUUUGCCUACAACAAUGCUACUCACGCCGCCACUAGACAUACGCCAUUCUUCCUCUGUUACGGACACCACCCACUCACACCUCAACGGCCAAACGUACCAGCCACAGUCCAACCCUCUCAUGAUUUCAUCACGACCAUGCACAAACUGUGGGAUCAGACCCACAAGCGCCUUCUCGACAUUCAGCAACAACAGAAGUGCCAAGCCGAUCGCCACAGCACAGACCACACCAUCACCAAGAUUCACAACGCCUUCCAUGUCCAACUCUUGAAGCCCUACCGAGAUCCCAACACGGUCUUCUCUGGACGCCAACCGCCGCCGCCGCCGCCCGUCCUCGUCCAUGAUGAACCCGAGUACGAGGUCGAGUCCGUGCUUGCUCACCGCCGUCGACGGAAUGGCACCGUGGAGCUUCUCAUCCAUUGGAAGGGUUAUGAUCCUUCAGAGGAUAGCUGGGUCUCUGAAUCCGAGAUGGAUCACACUCGUCGUCCUCUUCGCGACUACCUUGUCAAGCAGGGUGUUACGUCUACCACCCAGCUUUGUUACGACCCCGAAUGAAGGGGAGUGUUGAAGUAUACUCGA